AUGGCGGCCUCUGUAGUCGAUGCUUUUGAAAAUGAACUCAGUUGCCCCAUAUGUUAUGAGGACUUUGAAGAACCAAAGUGUCUUCCAAACUGCGCUCACAAUAUCUGUCAGAAUUGUCUUGAGAAAAUGGCAAAGAGAAAAAGGAAGGUAAUCGAAUGCCCCGUUUGCAGAGUCGAGUCUGAUAUUCCGAAGGGUGGAGUCGCAGCGUUUCCAAAGAAUCAUUUGUUAGUUCGAUUGCUGGAGAAUACCGCACUAAAAGAGAGAAAGUCUAUGAAACACGCUCUAGAAAACUGUAAAUUAAAAAUGGAGAAUGCUAAAGGAGACCUUAAAGAAACUGAAGAUUUCUUUGCAACCGCUAAAAGUCAGGUCGAAGAAACGAAACAGAAGAUCAAGUCUCUAGCGGAUCAAGCUGUUUUUAUGGUACGUAAACAACAAAGGCAGAUGUUUCAUGAAAUUGAUCAAAGAUUACGCGAUAAUUUAAACGAGGGAGCUUUUGCGACGCAUAAAAUGAACACUUUAAAACUGUGUGAUAUUGCUAGCAGUUGCGUGCAAGCCACACGAGAAGAACUACAAAAUGGCAGGAUGAGCGUCAAAGACUCGUGCGAAGAUUUGGUUCAGAAGUUGAACAAUUUCUCCACAGCUUUGGAUACAAGGAUGGUCUGGGCAGAAUGCGAAUUCAAACAGUCUUUCGAAGUGUCACUGACAAACUCUGACUCAUUGGAGAAAUUCGUGACUGCAAAGAAGGGUUUGAUUGGAGAGCUUAACAUAACUUCAUCAACAUUAGCUGCUCCGAGACUGCUAAAGUAUUCGAGGUCAGGUUAUAUGAUUCAGAUUAUAGACAGCCGCUGCUUACAUGGGACAACACAGUUCUCCCCAUUUUCAGUGUCUGUGUCUAGACUUGAUGGCCACUUUGCUGUGUUGGAUGUGGGUGGAGAAAUGAAGUAUGUGCACAUUUUCAAAGAAAACGGAGAGCCCUUGAGCAAAUUUUGCAUCAAGCAGGGUGACCCCUGGGAUGUUGUCCUUUUGAAAGACAUUGAAGUGGUUGUCUUAGAUCGUGAAAGCAAUCGUCUGUUAUAUUUCAAUUUGUAUGGAAUUGUAAAUAGUAAGAAAAAAUCUGUAACUGCUCCUCCUCCAAAGAAAGUGAAGUUUUCAUCCCUAUCAGUUGAUUUAAAUGGCUAUAUCAUCAUCUCAUCAUGCCCAUGCUUUGAUGAAACCGAUACCCUGCCAUGCAUUCUUAUUUAUAAUCCAUCUGGAGAACUUGUGUCAUUGGUAGGGGAAGGGAUUUUGGUGACACCUGAGAAGGCAGUAUCUCUAAAUGGUAAAUACUUUGUGGCAGACUCCAGCAAGCAAAGUGUGAUAGUUUUCAACAAAACGGGUUGCGUUAUCGGAGCAAUUAGAGGUUCACAGUUGGCAAUUCCAUCCUGUAUUGCAGUGGACUAUUCUAAACAGCUUCUUCUAGUUAGUGACAGUGGGAAUUCUACAAUACAAAUUUACAACCAGCGCGGUAGAAAGCAGUGUUGGUUUCAAACGGAACAUGCGCCAAUCGGAGUUGCAUUCACUAAAGAUAGUGAAAAUAUGUUGAUUUGCUUCAGUUCCUGA